CCUCAUCAGUCCGUUCUUUUCUCCUGUUGGUUUUGCAGCGUAUCCAAACAGCUAGUUAACAGCGUUAGAGGACACACUGAGGGACAAGCGCUCUCUUUUACAAGUGGUUCUGGUGAUAUGUAGACAAAUAACCAGAAACAAACAAAAUGAAGACGAAGACUCACCUACCUACUCAAUCCCUGGCAGAAGGAGGGUGGUUUGGUGUCCUGUGAGGUCCCGUCCAUGUGCUGAUCUUUGGCCAGAUUGAAGCUGUGCUGUGUGUGGGGAAGUUUGUAAAAGUCCUGUGUGCGCGUGUUUGAGGGCGGGAGAGCGACAGGGAGUCGAUGGGGCUUCACCGCGAGGCCAGCUAGCGAAGCGCUAACAUCUGCAGCAGCAACUCCCCGAGACCAGACCUCCGCCACCAUGUGGCCCCCGGUGACACGAGGGCGGGGCCGCGCCCUCCUGGCCCUCUCCCUCCUGGGACUGCUGGGGUCGCACCUGGAGCUCGCCCGCGCGCGGGGCACGGAGGAGGAGGAUUACCAGGAGCUCGUCAGCCAGGAGCGUUUUCACCACGCGCCGGGGCCUGAGGACCCCCACCCCUCCCCCGAGACCCCCGAGCCCAAAUCUGACAGGAAGGAGCCCCAGAGGGGGAAAGAGAAGCUCGCAGAAAAAGUAAAUUCCAAACCAGCCAAAAACGGAAACGGAAAGAAAGUUGAGAAGAGCAAAAAGGCUGGUUUGAAAGCCCCGAACAGCAGCAGCGAUGCAGAGAGCCUCCACGAGCCCGUGAGGGAGGAAUGCCCUCCGUUAGGCCUGGAAACACUGAAAAUCGACGACUUUCAGCUCCAUGCCUCCACGAUUAAGCGCUACGGGCUAGGCGCCCACCGAGGACGGCUCAACAUCCAGGCCGGGCUGAAUGAAGAUGACUUCUAUGACGGAGCGUGGUGCGCCGGGAGGAACGACGGCCUGCAGUGGUUCGAGGUGGACGCCAGGAGGUUAACCAAGUUCACCGGCGUCAUCACGCAAGGCCGGAACUCUCUUUGGUCAAGCGACUGGGUGACGUCCUACAGAGUCCUGGUGAGCAACGACAGCCACACGUGGGCGACCAUUAGGAAUGGGACACAGGACAUUGUGUUUGUGGGGAACAGUGAGAAAGAAAUCCCGGUGAGGAAUCUGCUCCCGGAGCCGGUGGUCGCCCGCUACAUCCGUGUGAACCCUCACUCCUGGUUCAUCGGGGGGAGCAUCUGCAUGCGGGUGGAGGUCCUGGGGUGCCCCAUGCCAGACCCCAAUAAUUAUUACCACAGAAGGAAUGAGGUCACAACAACCGACAAUUUGGACUUCAAACACCACAGCUACAAAGAGAUGAGACAGCUGAUGAAGGUGGUCAAUGAAAUGUGUCCUAAUAUAACCCGGAUUUACAACAUAGGCAAGAGUCUCGGCGGACUGAAGCUCUACGCCAUCGAGAUAUCGGACAACCCUGGGGAACACGAACUGGGUGAACCAGAGUUUCGCUACGCAGCUGGCUCCCAUGGCAACGAGGCUUUGGGACGAGAGCUGCUUCUGCUGCUGAUGCAGUUCAUGUGUCAGGAGUACCUGGACGGUAACCCACGGAUACGGCACCUGGUGGAGGAGACCCGCAUCCACCUCCUGCCCUCCGUCAACCCCGACGGGUACGAGAAGGCCCAUGAGCUGGGCUCGGAGCUGGGAGGCUGGUCUGUGGGCAGGUGGAGUCUGGAUGGCCUGGACAUCCAUCACAACUUCCCCGACCUCAACUCCAUCCUGUGGGAGGCGGAGGCCCGGAAGUGGGUACCCCGGAAGGUGCUCAACCACCACGUGGCCAUCCCGGACUGGUACCAGACCACCAACGCCACGGUUGCCAUGGAGACGCGGGCUCUGAUCGCGUGGAUGGAGAAGAUUCCCUUCGUGCUGGGGGGUAACCUGCAGGGAGGUGAGCUGGUGGUGACGUUCCCCUACGACAUGGCGCGGGUGAAGUGGAAGGCGCAGGAGCAGAGCCCCACCCCUGAUGACCACGUCUUCCGCUGGCUGGCCUUCUCCUACGCCUCCACGCACCGUCUCAUGACCGACGCCAGCCGGCGUGUCUGCCACACCGAAGACUUCGCCAAGGAGGACGGCACCGUCAACGGAGCCACCUGGCACACGGCCGCGGGAAGUAUGAAUGACUUCAGCUACCUGCACACCGACUGCUUCGAGCUGUCCAUGUACGUGGGCUGUGACAAGUUCCCACACGAUAACGCCCUUCCCGAGGAGUGGGAGAACAACCGCGAGUCCCUGCUGGUCUUCAUGGAGCAGGUGCAUCGUGGGAUCAAAGGGGUGGUGAGGGACCUGCAGGGCCGGGGGAUCGGCAACGCCAUCGUUUCUGUGGAGGGCAUCAACCACGACGUCCGCACAGCGGCAGACGGAGAUUACUGGAGGCUGCUGAACCCGGGGGAGUACAGGGUGACGGUGAAGGCCGAGGGCUACAACCCCACCAGCAGGGUGUGUGAGGUGGGCUACGACAUGGGGGCCAGCCGCUGCAACUUCCUGCUCAGCCGCAGCAACAUGUCGCGCAUCAAGGAGAUCAUGCAGAGGUUCGGCAAGCAGCCCAUCAACGUGCAGAGCCGCCAGACCCGCCACCGCUACGGGCCGAGCAUGCGGCGGCGGGGAACUUAGCCACGCCGCCGGCAGGGGGACGGACUUCCUGCAAAGCCUCGCUUUUCUUCCCAGUUGUUUUCAAGGCUGAUCUCCGCUGCGGUAUUCAUAUGGCAAAGACAGGAGAUUUACUGUGUGAUCGCAGUUGCGUGAGCCUCCCUCUCUUCGGAUGGAACGUCGUUCUCUAAACCUUGGCAUAAGCUAUCUGUGGCUUUCUGGACGUAUUACGGGUUUUCUAUAUAUUUUGUGACCAAAGCAAGGAUGCAUUUGUUUUGAUCACAACCCGUGACAUCUACAUUCUGUGUAAAGGUGUGUGCCUGUGUGUGUGUGUGUGCCUGUGUGUGUGUGUGUUUGUAUUAUAGCAGUGAAAAGACACUACAUUGAUUUUGGACACAAUGUAAAGGGAUAGACUGGAUAUAUAUCAGUUCAUUAUAACCCAUGUUAAUAGCCUGUAACUUCCCUUAAUAAAGUAUCAUUAAACAUUGAAUAUUAAAUGGUAGUGUAGGUUGCAAUUUAGCUGCAUACUGUUGGUAUGAAAACGCUGCAUACUGUUCAUACGAAACAGGAUCUAAAGUUUGUUUUAGCUUAAACAGGCUUGGCAUAUAUCUUUUUUUCCCAUUUCAUUCCAAAUUCUGAUGCCUAUGCUGUCAUUUAUUUAUUACGUAUUCUGGAUAUUAAGUACUGGAUUUUACCAAAGCUAUCAAGUAUCAAAUCUCAUCCUAUUCUCUUGAAGACGUGGAUUAAAGGUUAUUUGCAUGAUUGUCUUCCACUGAUGUGGUUAUUUUAUGCUAUACUUUACAAUUGUGUCCCUUCAUAAACCCAGCUGAAGUGGGGGGUACGGAGGAAAACGACCGUUAAAUAUUCUGUUGAAUGAAAAGGUUGGGUAUUCCAGCAAGACAAUGAUCCAAAGCAGACCUCAAAAUCAUCCAUGAAGUAACUACAGGAAAGAUGUAUGAAGGUUUUGGAAUGGCCACCACAGUCCCCAGACUUGAAUAUUAUUGAAAAUCUGUGGAGAGAUCUCAAACAUGCCGUGCAUGCAAAGAGGCUGAAUAAUAUUUCUGAGCUUGACGUGUUCUGCCAGGAAGAAUGGGGGAAAAUUCCCGCCAAAAGUGAGAAUUGAAAGACUCUUAGCUGGCUACAGGAAGCAUUUGCAAGUUGUUAUAGUUGCCUGAGGAGGAGUUGCAAAGUAGUAACUGACAGGGUUUGCAAGCUU